AUGGCAUCAGUUACUUAUAUUGAUGAUAGCCAUGCUGAGGUUAUUGAUCCUCCAAAGAAUGAGGAAAUGCUGGAUGUCACUGAACUUGUUGGUGAUCAUAUUCAGCAUUCACCGAAACCAAAUGUGGCAAGCUAUGGCAACGUGCGUGAGCUACUGGAAUGCCCUGUGUGUUUGAGUGCUAUGUAUCCUCCAAUUCAUCAGUGCUCCAACGGACAUACUCUGUGUUCUGGAUGCAAGCCAAGGGUUCAUAAUCGCUGUCCAACGUGCAGGCAUGAACUUGGUAACAUAAGAUGUCUUGCUCUGGAAAAGGUGGCUGCAUCACUAGAGCUUCCAUGCAAGUACCAGAACUUUGGGUGCUUGGGAAUAUACCCUUACUAUUGCAAGCUGAAACAUGAAUCGCAGUGCCAAUACAGAUCCUAUACUUGUCCAUAUGCUGGAUCUGAAUGCACAGUUGCUGGUGAUAUUGCAUAUUUAGUAAAUCACUUGAAAGAUGACCACAAGGUUGACAUGCACAAUGGAAGCACCUUCAAUCAUCGUUAUGUCAAGUCAAAUCCUCAUGAAGUUGAGAAUGCUACCUGGAUGCUCACGGUUUUCAGCUGCUUCGGCCAGUACUUCUGCCUGCACUUCGAGGCUUUCCAGCUGGGCAUGGCGCCCGUGUACAUCGCCUUCCUCCGGUUCAUGGGCGACGACGCUGAGGCCAAGAACUACAGCUACAGCCUGGAGGUGGGAGGGAACGGGCGCAAGAUGACAUGGCAGGGCGUGCCUCGGAGCAUCAGGGACAGCCACCGGAAGGUCCGGGACAGCUACGACGGGCUCAUCAUUCAGCGCAACAUGGCCCUCUUCUUCUCGGGCGGCGACAGGAAGGAGCUCAAGCUGCGGGUCACCGGGAGGAUCUGGAAGGAGCAGUGA